AUGAGCUGGCAUGGGGGCUUCGUGUCCUCUGGGCUAGUUGCCCUGCUUGCCAUUUUGGCAUCUCGGUGCCUUCUCGAAGGGCACGGCAGCUUCGCUUCCGUCUAUGUCCCAGAGCAGCAAGGGCUCUUUGGAAACACCUCUUUGCUCGAAAUCCUUGCAGCAGCGAAGGCACGGCCCGGGCAAAAGCAAGAGUGCAGCCACGCGCGACCCCGGGUGGUUGUGACUCUGUCUACCUUCGAGGGGAGACUUGGUAAUCUCAAGAUGGCACUGCAGUCGCUGGCAGUUCAAAGCUGCAUGCCCGACGCCAUUUACGUGUUCGUUUCGCAGAAUCCUUUCACCAAGUCUCAGCUCGCUGGCGGUAGUGGUGGCGAUGGAGUCGUCGGAGACGAUGCGUUUUGGGAAGACAUCGCUAAGAUUCACAGUAGCAUCAUUGUGAAGCACAUCAGCGACGACUGGGGGCCGGCUACAAAGUUGCUUGCGGCUCUGCAGGUGGAAAGAGAUCCAAGCACAUGGCUCAUCACAGUGGACGAUGACACAAAGUACCAUGUGGACACAGUUCUUGCGUUAGUCCUGGCGGCGAUGAACCUCCCAUGGAACAGUUCCCCUGCUUUCUGGUGCGAGGAGGCUUGGGCUGAUGGCUACCGAAGUCUGAAGAAGAGGACUAUGAAUCGGGGUGAAGAGGGCACCGUGCAUGGAUGGUGUGGAGGCUUUGCCGGCGUUCUUUUCAAGAGGUUUAUGCUCGGAGACCACGUCUUCAAUUUCAGCCGCGCCCCCGUCGGAUGCCGAUCUCAUGAUGAUGUCUGGUGGGGUGGCCAUCUGCUCAGCGCAGGAAACACUCCUUACCUGAUAGAUCCAGGAUUCUUCUCUGUGGAGUGGUCUCCAACGUCAUCCUCCGAGAGGCAGGCAUUAAGUGUUCAUGUCCUGGACGGCAAGGCUAGAACGUCUGGGAGCGAUCUUCAAAGUCAGUGUGCUUCUUGGUUUGCGGGCCUCCGGGGUGUCCACCUGGAUGGCUUUGAGGACGAUGACGUCUUCAGACAUCCUGAGGCCACCUCCCAGAACGCCCAAGACUUAUCCAUCCUCAAGCAGUUCUUCUCCAGUAAGAAGGGCAUGCGACCCAGCGGAACAUUUGUGGAAUUCGGUGCGCUGGAUGGAAUUGCUCACUCCAACACAAACUUCUUCGAAGCUGCCUUAGGUUGGUCUGGAGCACUUGCGGAGCCGUCUCACUACGCCAACGAGCUCAAAAAGAACCGACCAGGCAGUUUCGCGCUGCACGGAGCGAUCUGCGGGAAGUCGGGCCUCAACUGCCACAGUCUUCAGGAGCUUCUGGACUUAGCAAAGCUUCGGCAUGUUGACUACAUGUCCGUGGAUACGGAGGGCAGCGAGCUGGAGAUUCUCGCCGCCUUCCCCUUCGACCAGUACCGCAUCGACACGAUCCAAGUGGAGUCGAAAUGGAACAGUUGCAUUGUCAUACGAGAUGGAUGGUCGCGUGCCGACGUUUGGAAGUAUUGGUGUUACCAUCAAGAAGGUCCACAGAAGCUAAUCCAGCUCAUGACCUCUAAAGGCUACUCGCUGGCAGGGACACAUGUUGUCAGCUUGAGUGACGGACUCAUCCGAACCAGUCUGCACCAUUUCUGGCGGCCAUUUCACAUAACAGGAGAAAUGACUAUUGAUCUCGUUUUCCGGUUAGGCUGA